AUGUCUGCUAGCGAAGAGGAGACGCGAUUAAACGAAAUUUUGACUCCUUUCGAAAUAACGAAAGAAGAGAUGUUUAAAAUCAAAGAUCUGAUACUCAAAGAAUUAAAAUUGGGCCUUAACGCGGAUACUCACAGCACCGCUAACACGAAAUGUUACCCCACAUAUAUUCAAACGUAUCCAUCUGGCUGCGAGCACGGCAUGUUUUUAGUAACAACGAUAUAUUCCGUCAAAGUUCAUGUGUUGUUUUUUCACUUAAAAGGCGAAAAUGAUUAUCGCUUAGAGGAGGAAAGUUUUGAUAUACCGGAAAGUAUUAAUCAGGGCGUUGAAUUAUUCGAUUUUAUUGUUGAAAAACUGCAUAAACACGUUAAAAAUUUGCAAUUGGAACGCGAGCCAUUGCCGUUGACGUUGAUAUUACCUUAUCCGCUAUUGCAAAUAAAUUUCGUUGAAAAUAAAGAUGUAGGCCAAAUGAUGAGAGAAUCAAUGAGACGUCUUCCUAAUAUAAAAUUUGAAUUGACGGCAAUAAUAAAUGAUGUAACCAGUGCAUUCAUGUCGGCGGCCUGGAGGCAUAAAAAUGUUAGAAUAUCCUUUAUUGUCGGUACAGCAACAAAUGCUGGAUACUGGGAGAAAGUGUCGAAUAUUGAAUCUGUGACACAUAGACCAAAACCGGAAAUGUUCGUUAAUACCGACAUAGCAGAGUUUGGUAGUAGCGGUCAAUUGGAGUUCUUAGCUACCGAAUUCGAUGAAGCAUUGGAAAAAAUCUCUCCUACCAAAGGUCAAAAUAUUUUUGAAAAGAUGGCAUCAGCAUGGUAUAUGUCCGAAUUAUCACGUAGCGUAAUCAUCAAAUGUAUCAGUGAGAAUAUACUUUUUGGGGGUGAAAGCCACGUUCAAUUAAAUAGACAAGACGCGUUGAAAUUUGCUAAUAUACAAGGAACACUCGUAGAGUCUGAUCGGUUCCACUAUAUGGCGUUAGUGUUAGAUAAACUUGGUAUAAAUUUGCCAAGUGAAACUGAUUGUGCCCGAAUCCACCAAAUAAUGGAAAAAAUAGUCAUGCGUUCAGCGAGCUUGGUUGCGGCGGCAAUAGUUGCGUUGAUUGAGCAAAUCGAUGAGCCCGACAUUAAAAUAGGUCUUGACGGCGAAGUAUGUAACACUCGGCCAAUAUAUCAUAAUAUGAUAAGAAGUAAAAUUGACAGCAUAUUAAACCCUAAGUACAAGUAUGAACUCGUUGAAGCAAAUGAUGAACACGGACGAGGCGGCGCAAUAACAGCAUCUUUAAUUUUGCAAGAAGAUUAUAUCUACGAAAAUCUUAAUACAGCGUAA